AUGUGUGGGAUAUUCUCCGUGCAUUACUUAAAAGGCGAACCGAAACCGAACCGGGAACGGAUUUAUAAGCUGGCGAAACGCCUUCGCCACCGCGGGCCGGAUUCGUAUAAAAUCGACAAGUUCGAACACUCGGAAAACGAACAAACGUUUAUGGUGCACAAACGAUUGGCGAUUGUCGCGCCGGGCGAGAGCGGGGAACAACCGUUGUACACGGAUGGAGGGAAACAGACGUGUUUUAUCGCCAACGGGGAGAUUUAUAAUCACCAAAAGUUGAGAGAAACGUUUAACAUCGAGCAUCCGAACAAGUCGGAUUGUCAAGUCAUCGGCCACGUGUACGAGAAAUUCGGCGCGCUCGAGUUUUCGAAACAUUUGGACGGGAUGUUUGCCACGGUCAUUGAAGAUCGAAAAACAGGAAGGCUCAUCGCCAGUCGCGAUCACAUGGGGAAGAUUCCCAUGUACAUGGCGAAAGGGAAAGACGGGUCGUUUUGGUUCGCCUCGGAGAUGAAGUGUUUACACGACGACCCCGGGGUGGAGUCGUAUCAGUUGUUUCCUCCCGGUCACGUCUGGGUGAAAGAGAAAAACGAGACAGAAGGGACGAUGACGAGAUGGUACGACGAGAGAUGGAUCACAGACGUGGACUACAUUCCGGAGAAACGAGCGGAUUUAUCAGAGUUGAGAGAAAUCGUCGUCAAAGCGGUGAAAGAUCGAUUGAUGUCGGACGUCCCGUACGCGGUUUUACUCUCCGGAGGGUUGGAUUCGAGUCUGAUCACCUCUAUUGCGGUGAGGAACCGAGCGACUGCGAAAAACACCUACGGGAGCACGGAGAAAGUGCACUCGUUUUCAAUCGGUAUUAAAGGCGCGCCGGAUUUGAAAGCGGCGAGGAAAGUCGCCGAUAGUUUGGGGACCAUUCACCACGAAAUUUAUUUCACGCCAGAGGAAGCGUUGGACGCGUUGCCGGAUGUGGUUUGGCACUUGGAGACGUUCGAACAAGUGCGAGCAUCGGUGCCGAUGUAUUUACUCUCUCGAGCGAUUAAAUCCAUGGGAUUCAAAAUGGUCUUAUCCGGCGAAGGCGCCGACGAAUUAUUCGGCGGGUACUUAUACUUUCACAAGGCGCCGUCGCCGGAGGAGUUUCACAAGGAGUGCGCGAGAAAAACGAGUCGUUUGCACCAGUGGGACGUGGCGAGAGCGAACAAAAUGACCAUGGCCUGGGGCGUGGAAGCGAGGACGCCUCUGUUAUCCAAAGCAGUCGUCGAUUACGCGAUGAACAUGUCCCCGCUGGACAAGAUGAUCGACGUGAAAAAGCUCGAUCAAGACGGUAAAAAAUAUUUAGAAAAGUACAUCUUGAGAAAAGCGUUCGAUACGCCAGAGGAUCCGUAUUUACCGGCGGAAGUUUUAUGGCGUCAAAAAGAACAGUUCUCCGACGGCGUCGGGUACGAUUGGGUGGACGGGUUAAAAGCGCACGCCGAGGAAAAAGUUUCCGACGAAGAGUUUUCCAAGAGAGCCGAACGCUUCCCGCUUUCGCCGCCGACGACGAAAGAGUAUUACUUGUUGAGAUCGAUUUUUGAGGAACACUUCGUGACGGGAUUUGAAAACGGCCAAGACGCGUAUAAGACGGUGCCGUUUGGGAAAUCCAUCGCGUGUUCGACGCCGGAGGCUGUCGCCUGGGAUCCGGAGUGGGAGAAGAGCGUCGGCGACAUCUCCGGCAGAGCCGUCGGGGUGCACGACUCAAGCGAUGGGUUCGAUUUAGGGAAAGAUAGUGCUGUUAGUGCUUCUUCUUCUUCUUCUUCUUCUUCUUCUUCUUCGAGUAGUAGCGGUAGCGGUAGCAGUAGUAACGCAACAACAUCUAGCGCGAGAGCAACGAGUUCGACGGUUACUACCACUACUGUGGCGGCUUUGAACAACAAAAAAAUCGCCGCCGCGAGCAGAAAAGCGCGGCAUUCGCGACGCUUACCCGGAGGAGGCGGGAUUCGAAGAGGUUCUACCAAAGCAAUUGGUUUCAUCUCCCAGGUUCGGUUGGCGACGAACUCUUCUUCGGUUUUUUGCGCGUUUGCGUGA